GGAUUCGCGAAACAGUCGAGGGAAGUCUGACUGUCAGUUCAGGGUUUUGAGAGCUGAUCCAAUGGAGAGGUACGAAGCUGCCAUGGUGCUCGGAGCGCUUGGGAAUGUCAUGGGCUAUCACAACAUUUCCCACGAGUGCAACAAACCCGGGCUAAAAUUGACGGAGACUGAUUUAUCAGGAGAGAUUGACACGAUGAUUUCGAAAUCACUUCAGUGGCAGGUUCCAUUUGAUACUCUCAUGCACAUGGCAACUGCUGAAGCAUUAGCUGCUGGAUGGGAUUCCUUACAAGAACUUUGCAGCCAGGCGGCAAAGAGAUAUCUCAUUACAUUGCAUAGAUACCAGAAACGUCAACCAAAAUCAGUAUUAGACGGAGUCCAAGUGCAGACAAAAGACUAUACUUCUAAAGGAUACACCUCCUUAAAAAGAGGAGAACCUAAAUUUGGAGCAGCUGCAAGAACAAUGUGUGUCGGUAUGUGCUAUUCAAAGGCUGAGCAACUGAAUGACCUCCUGCAAGUCAGCAUUGAAUGUGGUCGAAUGACGCACAGUAAUCCAGCAGGGUUUCUAGGUACUUUCUGUACAGCACUUUUUACAUCAUAUGCUAUUCAAGGGAAGCCCAUUGUUCAGUGGGGACGUAGAAUGAUGGAAGUGAUGCCAAUUGCAGAACAGUACUGUGAAAGGAAGAUGAAGCACUUUUCAGAUUAUCGUGAGAACUGGUUUUCUUUUGAAACAAAAUGGCAAUUUUACCUUCAGUUGAGGGGAAUUGAGAAGGAUGACUGUGAUAAUGCUAUGUUUCCUAAAAUCUACGAUAUUGAAGAACAAAACAAGCUGUAUAGACGCUGGCGUUCCGAAUCAAGUGGAAUGAGUAAAGGAGUUGAAACAACAUUGAUCGCUUAUGAUGCACUUUUGUUUGCUGGGAAAGAUUGGAAGAAGCUGUGUUAUUCAGCCAUGUUUCACUGGGGGGAAAGUGAUGCAACAGGUGCCAUCGCAGGCUCCCUAUAUGGAAUUCUCUAUGGAUUUGACAAUGUUCCUUUGAGCCUCUACCAGAACUUGGAGUUCAGAGAUCAUCUAGAACAGCUGGGGAGGCAGCUGUAUCAGGUUGCUAGUGCAAACAGAUCUUUGUGUUUCAGUGCAGAUCAUAGUCAAGGAGAUGAGUCUGUAGAUGUGCAUCCAAUUGCCAGGAAGUUUGUGAACAAGCGCACAACAGAUGAAAUCAACAAUCUGAUCAAUUACAUAGUUCAGCUGGAAAGGAUAAAGAAUGCAAACACCAAACAGUCUGUACACCUAACAAAUGAGUUGACUACAGCACAAGUUGGCACAAAAGCAAAACCAUCUAAAACUGAAGGAAUGCCCAGACCCACUAAAUUUCAGCUUCUUCAGUCAAGGUUUACAAAAAUCGGUCUUCAAAGUAAACUGGAGAAACUACAGCCUCCUGAGCCUAAGCAAAAAACAGUUUUAGAACAAUGCAACAGUGCUGCAGAUCCUCAGAAUAUUGCAGUCAAUUUUUCCACAACGGACAAAAGAGACACCAUCUUUACUGAAGUGCACAGUCCCACUGACUUAAUGGUUGAACAAAAAUGUGAACCUAUAGAUAGUAAAAUGGAAGAUCGUGGUCUUGAAAGAGCAAUAGCAGAAAACAAUAUCACAACUCUGUGUCACGCUACUGCACAAGCUCACGGUCUUCUUCCCAAAGUUCCCACCAUAGACAGUAGACACACCAACUUUACUGAAAUGCAGCAGACUAUUGACCUGGGAGCUCAACAAAAACAUGUGCUUCCCGUUGGUAAACAGAAAGAUGCAGCUCUUGGACAAUCAGGUGCUGAAAGUGGUACCAUACCUCUUUGUCCAAAUACACUACAACCUGCAGGGAAGCAAACAUUUCGUACAGAUAAACCUGAUGAUACGUGUUCAGAGACUGUCAGCAAAGUUGAUGUGCAUAUCCAACUGGAUUCUCAGACUAAAAACAAAAUAAUUACUUUGGAUGAACCAGUUGUGCAAAUGGUCACUGAAAUCUUAUAUCCAGCUACACAAUUCCAAGCUAAUUAUCCAACGAAUAAUUUGGCAAAAUCUAGCAGGGCUAGUAGUGAUGUUGAUGAAAAUGAUGUACAAAAUGUAAAUUUUGCUGAAAAUAUAAACACAAAAGUUCCUUUAGGAGAAACAGUUAUAAACUCUUCAUUAUGUAUUUCCAAAAUAAGUUCUUCUGAUAUAACCAAUAUCCAUGAAAACAACUUCCAGAUACCCAAGUAUAUCCAAGAAAGCUCAAGGAUACCUCUAAUAGGAGACACCAGUAAACCUGAUGUUAUUGACCUUCCCCAUAUUAUGACUAAUGCUGGACUGCACUGUUCAUUACAAUGCAUUGAAGAUUCUUUAUCUAUGAAAAAUAACUUAGAGGAAAAUCCAACACAAAUAGGGAAGGAAAACACCAAGGAAACAACCAAAUCACCAUGCAAAAGCCCAGAAUUACUCUCUGACACAUGUAAGGUGCAAACAUUAAAAGAAAUUCCACAAAAAUCGGAACCUGCUCUCACGACUGAAAUUGUAACUUUGCCAAACAAUGAAUCACACGCAAUAAAACAAUGCGAGAAGCAGAAUAGAUGCGCCCCAAAUCAGUCUAAUGACUUGAUCCUUGUAGCUGAACAGCACAGUGUCAUGCCAAAGGAACAAGCUCUACUAGCGCUAAAGGAAAAUGCGGGAAAAACAACUUCACAAACAAAAAGCUUUGAACCCUUCAUCAACUUAUGUAAAAAGCAACCUCUAAAAGAAGUUGCACCAAAAUCAGAGCCUGCUACAUCUCCUAAAUUCCUAACUCUGCCGCACAAUGAAUUACAAGAAACAAAAGAAGAGGAUUCUCAAAACAAAUACAAUUUAAAUCAUUCUGGAGACUUAGUCAACACCACCAAUCAGCAGGAACAACCUCAGCAAAUACAGAAGGAAAAUACAGAAGUUAAUUCACAAACCAGAAGCUCACAGUCAUUCACUGAAUCAUGUGAGAAGCAAAAGCUGAAGAGAAUUCCACAAAAAGCAGAGCCUGCUAUCUCUAAUAAAAUUCACAUUCUCCCAGAAAAUGAAUCUCAAGAAAAGAAACAGGAUGUUAAUCACCACAAAUAUAUUCCCUAUAAGCCUAGUGACUCAGUAAACUCAGCUGUACGAUUCUCAGUUGUGCAAGAGGAACAGCCUCGAGAAAUACUAGAGGAAGUUGCAGAGGCAACAACAAUUUCACAAACUAAGGACCCUGAGUCAUACAAAAAGCAAAAGCUAACAGAAAUUCCGCAACAAUUACAAUCUGUUAUCACUGCUAAAAUUCUGACAUUUCCAUGCAACGAAUUGCUUGAAAUAAAAGAUGAUUAUCAACACAAAGAUAUGUUCAAUCAACCUAAGGAUUCAGUUAAUGUAGCUAUAUGUGGAAUGUUAGAAGAACAUCCUCCUUUUGUUGAUCAAGUUACCAAAACUGAGAGUGCUCCUUCAACACAGAACGACUGUCCAGGCAACACAGCUUUUAACAAAAAUAAACCAUGGAAAUACAAGGCAUAUAGUUACGCUGACCCUUCAGUGAUUUCAAAAUCAAACCGUAGAGUACUGUUGAGGGCCACUGAUGUGAUGCAGUUUUCUUUACCACCUACAACCUUUGAUUUCCCCUAAAUAUGGCAGACCAUAAGACAAAGGGUGAUGUGAAUUCUGGAAUGUGAAGGUCAGUUAAUAUCCUAGUGAAGUUGUUUCAUGUGAUAUCAGCAGAAACUGGAAUUUCUCCAGAAACUGGAAACUCAAUCUUGGAUUUUAAAGAGUAUUGAAAUUGUAUUUAUGCAGCAUUAGUUGGUUGUUUUAAAUAGUGUUUUAUGACUCACAGCUGGAUCCCAAAGGCUUCAUUCCAAUCAUACAGUUCAAGGAGCAUUAGUUUCACGAGAAAACAUUUACCAUGCCUGUUCAAGAGGGCAGACAUGACACAAUACCACAAGUGACAAGGGAUAGAUUGGUCAGUCGUUUGCAGAUUAAAAUCAUCACUCUUUUAUUUCUACUCCAUGAUUUGCCAAAUUAUUUUUCGUCAAGUUACUGAUCUUUUAAGGCAAUCAUUCUGGUACCUUAAUGCUAAAUGGAUCAACCUUAAAAAUUAAUUUCAAAAUGUAAUGCAACAGAAGUAGAAAUUUGAUUUCCAGUACUUGCUCAUCAUUCAUUAGAGAGGAGAAAAUACUUUGUGUAAUGCAACAAAUGAAUUCACAUUUUGAAAUGAAUUUGUGCCACUUUCUUCUGCAGCAUGGUAAUGUUAAUCUGUUACUAUUUUCCUCAUUUAAGUGCUGAAAAGCAUGUACAAAUAUAAACCCAUAAACUCUUAGCAUUCCACUAAUAAGGAAUAUAAAUAUUAACGUAAGUGUCUCACAUUUAAAAAAAAGUGGAGUUGAGGUCAAGAUCAGAUUAGCCAUGAUCUUAUUGAAUGGCGGAGCAAAUUUGAAUGGCCUAUUUCUGCUCCUAUUUCUUAUAUUCUAAGGUGCAAUAAUUAUUAUUUAUACAAUUAUUAGUCACAAGUUAUGCCAUACUUAAAUGCUGGUGCAGUCGAAUCCAGAGUAAAAGCUGCUCUUCCUGUAAUUUCAUGUUUAAAUCUCUCUCAUUAGACCUCCACCCCAGUCAAAAAAGCACCUUUCACUUCUACACUUUUCUGCAGCCUUUGGCAUGUUUGGUCAUACCGCUCUCUCCUCCAUUAUCCGACUGAGUGGGAUUGCUCUCAUUUGGUUCCAGUCUUAGCAAUUCAAUUAACUAGAGCAUCUUCAACAAUGGCUUCUCUUGCAGUUCCUGUGUGGUUAAUCUGAGUGACCUAAGGAUUUAUCCUUGGCACCAUACUCGUCCUCAUCUAGAUUGCCCCUCAGCAGCAUCGUCCGAAGAUGACACUAGGUUUCAUAUGUAUAGAAAACAUUCAGCUCAUUUACCCACCCACUUCAAUCUCAGUUGUUAGCUUCCUUGUCCAAUAUCAAGUUCUGGUUGACCCACAAUUUCCUCAGUUGAACAUAGGAGAAACCAAGGUCAGUACAACAAACUCAGAAUCUUUACCACUGAUUCCUUUCCACCUCAAAUAGUGUCUCCGGUUGAAGUACACUGUUUGCAAACUCAAUGUCCUAAUUGACCCUGAGCUGAGCUUUUGACCUCAUAUCCCCACCAUCACAAAGACCACUUACUUUAUAAGAUUACACAUCUCCGCCCCUGUCUUAACCCAUUCGUUCCUGAAACCCUCAUCCAAGCCUUCAUCACCUCCAAACUCAACUCUUCCAAUGCAUACCCAGCUGGCCACCAAUCCUCCAUAAACAUGAACACAUCCAAAAUGCUGCCACCUUUACUGUAACCUGCACAAUAUCCCUCUCACUAUCACCCUUGCACUUGAUAACCUACAAUAACUCCCACUCACCCACCUCCAAUUUAAAAUUCUUAUCCUUGUGUUCCCAUCCUCUAUGUAAGCCCUGCAGCCUGAGAAAUUCCCAAGAAUUCUGUAUUCCUCUGACUCUCCCCUCUCAUACAUCUGCCAUUCUCUUCUUCCUACCAUUGGCAGAUGUGCUUUUAGCUGUCUAGGUGCUAAACUCUGGAAUUCUUUCCCUAAAUCUCAUAACUUUGCUCCUCUGUCACCACUCUUAAUAGCUCCUCGAUUGGCUCAGUGUCAAUUUUUUUCUGACUGCUUCUGUGAAGCAUCUUGAGGUUUUUUUUCUACAUUGAAAGCUCUAUUAUAAAUGUAUGUUGCUGUAGAGGUAUUUAAUUGAUGACUUUUCAGAAAUGACCUUGCAUUAGCCAGAAACAAGCUCCUGAAAUAAAAUCAUCAUUGCAACAAGCAGGGGAAGUUGCAGGAGUAGGCCACCUCAACAAUGCUUUAGUACUGAGAAUAUUACAGCUAGCAAAGGAAUUACAUAAAAUUGUCACUUUUUAUCUCAUUGUUUCAUUUUGUAAUAAUGUUGAUACUUGGAAGACCUUUUAAAAAUGUUUUCAAAAUUGUGAUUAAUUACAGAGGUGUUUUGGGUUUUGACAUUUGUAAAAAUGAAGAUGCAUUUCUUAACUUAUAAUGGCUUAUUUAAGAUAAAAUAAAUAGAAAAACUGCAAAGGAUUACAUUAAAA